CUGGGGAGGUGCCACCAUCACUGGGAAGAUGGGCCCUGGCCUCCUGGUGCUGCUGAUCACCGCUACCAUCUGGCACGGCUCAGCAUCUCCAGUGAUCAGCCCUGACAGCCCUGCUGUGGUGGUCAAUACAGGUGAUCCAGUCACAUUACACUGCUCAGGAGAUUCUGAAGUUCAGUGGUAUGGCCAAGAGAAUACAUCCACCAACCGCACCAACAGCACACUGAGAAUUCCCAAGGCCACUUACAGGGAUACAGGCACCUAUAAGUGUGGCUAUGUCAACGGUAACGACAAGGGCAUCGCAUCUGUGCAUCUGUUUGUGCGAGAUCCCAAUAAUGUGUGGUACACUCCAACCUUCAGGAUUGUUGUGACUGAAGGCAGUAACGCUGAACUCCCUUGUCUCAUCACGGCCCCUGAGUACGGAUCCAGUGCAACUCUGACAGUAGACAACGCUUCUGGCUACCCAACGGGAACCAACUAUUCUUUCAGUGCAGAGAAGGGAAUGACACUAUACAACGUGCAACACCAGCAGAAGGGCUAUUACUACUGUCAAACAGUGAUAAAUGGAAAAAUAAAGAAGUCAUCAAGAAUAAGACUGAUUGUGGAAGAAGCCCUUGAGAAGCCUUUAUCAGUGAUGAUCGACCCUGAAGAUCACGUGCGAAUCGUGGGUGAACUGUUCACAGUCACUUGCAGAAUAAUUGCUCCUUCUCACAAGUACAACAUCAAAUGGGUGGCAGCAAAGAACGCCAACAAAACUACAGAGAUUAGAUUUGAGAAUGAUCACUACAUCAUCAGCUACACCCUGAUCAUUCCGGCAGUGACAAUGGAAGACAGUGGGAAGUACACGUGUGUAGCCAACAAUUCUGCAGGGUCCAAGAGUGUCUCAGCAGUGCUGCAGGUAGUAGAGAGAGGUUAUGUGUUCUUGACCCCAGUGCAAGCCACCAGCCAGGAAGUUGCCUUGGGAGAGAGCCUGAAACUUCAGGUCCUGAUUGAGGCUUACCCUGCCCUUCUCCGCUGGGGCUGGAAGCACACCAACUCUUUGAAGAAGUCUGCAACCACCACACUUAAGGGCGAAAUGACCUCUGGAAACAACUGGUACAACAACACGCUCUUCCUGAAUCGUCUGCAGGAAGGGGAGAAUGGCCUCUAUACCUUUUAUGCCCUCAACAAUGAGACCAAUGCAUCGGUGACCUUCAGCAUCUCUGUGAAAUCCGCUCCAAGAGUCUGCUCCAUCAGGGUGCCAGCCAAUGACUCCAACGUCCUUCACUGCGUGGCCAUCGGCUACCCUGCCCCACGCAUUGAGUGGUACCAGUGCCCUGUUCAUUCUACCAGAUUCAAUGAGGACUACAUGUUGCUUGUGAAUGAUUCCAGUCCCCACGUGGUGAACAUAUUGCCUUUCCAAGAGGUGGAAGUGGAGAGCAUCCUCCCAUUCCAGAAUCUGGGUGACAACUUCACCUUCUGCUGUGUGGCCAUUAACAGAGAGGGGAAUGCCUCCGACAUGCUUCACUCUGUCACCGUCACCAGAAAUAUCAUGGCUCCCCCGAACAAGCUCUUCAGCCCCAUUCUCUCCACCUGCAUGGGCACAUCGGUCCUGCUGCUCCUCCUACUCCUCUUCCUCCUCUACAAGUACAACCAGAAACCCAAGUACCAGGUGCGGUGGAAGAUCAUUGAGGCCUGUGAAGGGAAUAACUACAUCUUCAUUGAUCCCACUCAGCUGCCAUACAAUGAGAAAUGGGAGUUCCCCAGGAAUAAUCUCCAGUUUGGAAAAACUCUUGGAGCUGGAGCCUUUGGAAAAGUGGUAGAAGCUACUGCUUUUGGGCUGGGUAAAGAAGAUUCAGUCCUCAAAGUGGCUGUGAAGAUGCUGAAAUCAUCGGCAGACACAGAUGAGCAGGAGGCCCUCAUGUCUGAGCUGAAGAUCAUGAGUCACUUGGGACACCACGAGAACAUUGUUAACCUGCUGGGAGCCUGUACCCAUGGAGGCCCAAUCCUGGUCAUCACUGAGUACUGUCGCCAUGGAGAUCUGCUGAAUUUCCUGCGGAAGAAAGCUGAAUCCAUAAUUAUCCAGGAUUCAUCCCUGGACACCUCUCUGGACAGCACUGCUGACUACAAAAACAUCGACCUGGAGAAGAAAUACAUCCGCAGUGACAGUGGCUUUGCAAGUCAGGGUUUGGAUACGUAUGUUGAGAUGAGGCCUGUGUCAUCAUCAACAUCAGCAUCUUCAGCAUCAGAUUCUGCACAAGCCAGGGGAAAAGGCUCAGAGGAAGAAGAAGAAACCAGGGAGGACCUCCGUCCCCUUGAUCUCUCUGACUUGUUACAGUUCUCCAGCCAAGUGGCCCAGGGCAUGGCAUUCCUUGCAUCAAAGAACUGCAUCCAUCGUGACUUAGCAGCCAGGAACGUGCUGGUGUCGGAUGGACGGGUAGCCAAGAUCUGCGACUUUGGCCUGGCCCGGGACAUCAUGAAUGACUCCAACUACGUUGUGAAAGGCAAUGCACGCCUGCCCGUGAAGUGGAUGGCCCCAGAAAGCAUCUUUGACUGCAUUUACACAGUGCAAAGUGACGUGUGGUCUUACGGCAUCCUUCUUUGGGAGAUCUUCUCCCUUGGUAAAAGCCCCUACCCUGGCAUGGUGGUGAACAGCAAGUUCUACAGCAUGGUGAAGCAGGGCUACCAGAUGGCCAGGCCUGACUUUGCUCCCUUGGAAAUCUACAGCAUCAUGCAGGCGUGCUGGAGCCUGGAGCCCACGCAGAGACCUACCUUCGACCAGAUCUGCUGCUUCAUCCAGAAAGAACUGGAGACACAAAAGGAGCAGGACUACACGAACCUUCCCUCCACUGCUGAAGAGGACAGUGGUUGCGAUACCUCUGGCUGCUGCGAGGAGUCCUGCGAGCACGAGGAGAGCGGGCAGCCCCUUCUCAAGAGUAACAACUAUCAGUUCUGUUAGCUGCUACCAGCACCUCGGCCUGGCGGGUGACCUCAGGUGGUCACCGCUUCCCGGACACGCAGCUCCAUGUCAUACCAUGCGGCAUUCAUAGGAUGGGUUGUCUCUUUUUUUUAUUUUUUUAAACAAAUUGCAGCUAAGUAACACAUUUCCAAAGGUCACUCACCAGCACACUCCGGAGCUCAUGGUUCACACGGGUGUGUGUGCACAGACAUGAGCAAGCCUUGAAGCCAGUCUUGAGAGCGAAGAAGUGAGAAACUGCCUCACACCAGACACAGCUCUCGUCCCUGGCAGUUCUGCUCUCUCCCCUGUGACAGCCCGUCACUGUGUGCUGCAGGGCACUUGUUCAGAUACACUUAAAACUUCUACCCUGCAUCAAAAAAAAAGCAUUAACCUCUACCCUUCCUCAUGCAAUCUGCUUCUCUGCAGCUGAUGCUUCUGCAGGGAGUUCGUGGGUGAAACAGGACACCCUGAGAGUUAUUUUGUGAACUUGUGCGUGCCCCAGCAGCAGGGCAGAGAGGCAGUUCUUUCUCAGGUGAAAUACAGAAGUGACCAGCACUCUUCCAAAUAGCUACUGCUUUCCCAGCCCAGGAAGGAAUGGCAGCUUAAACAGAUCCAGAACUGAUCACCAUAACGCAUAUCCUACAAAACAUAUGAACUCUUAACAUGUAGCAAUUCACUGCCUUUCUUGGAAUUACAGACGUGCUCUUGUAUAUAUUUUCUUAGGUUUAUUUUGAUAGUAGCGUUAAGGUCAUUUUUUUUCAUAAGCUAGCUUGGGCCUAAUGCCCUUAAACUGAAUUUCUAGUCUAGUGUUUCUAGGCCCCAGGGUUACUAAUGCCACAGCCCCCAGGUCCUGUGCAGCCAGCACGGGGUCGAUAAGGAAGCUGAGCUGCACUUCACGGGGGUGGUAAAGGAUGAGCACUAAAAGGCACAAGCCCUGACUGAGCUUAGGCCAACCAUGACAAGACAGAACUACUGGACGACACGUGGCUUCCCCAGGCUGCUGUUGGGGACCACUGCCGCCUGUGCUCCACCUCUGUGUUCAUGCUAAUGCCAAGUGAUUGAUUCUUCCUUACUAAAUAAAAAGCCACUGCAUUUCUGUCUGUCAGCAGCAUAAAGUAAGAUACUUAAUAAAGCAGGUCUUUCCCCCGGCUUUCAGGAUUGUUCUCAG